AUGUACUGUGUCCAGUUCUGGGGUCCUCAGCACAGGAAGGACAUGGACCUUGCUGGAGUGAGACCAGAGGAUGACACGAAGAUGCUCAGAGGGCUGGAGCAUCUCUGCUAUGGAGAUGGGCUGGGACAACUGGGGCUUAGCCUGGAGAAGAGAAGACACCGGAGAGACCAGUUUGUGGCCUUCCAGUACCUAAAGGAGGCUAUGAGAGUGUUUAUUUUCAGUAUUAGGAAGAAAUUCUUUAAUGUGCAAGAGACAAAUCCCACUACUGGAAGUCUUGAAGUCAUCUCUGUUGCAGAAGAUGAACCUCCAGCACCACAAAUUCAGUUUACCUUCAAAAGAUUUUUCUUCAUACCACAAGCCAGAGUGGACGCCAGUGCAGAUGGACCUGGAGAUAUCGAACCACCUUCGAUGUGCCAUGCUUUUGCCUCCCUAAAAUACUUUCCAUAUAUCUGUGGUUUGUUCCUUGCAGUAAUCCUAGCAGCUGCCAUUGGCCUGGGUGUCCAAUACAACUGCAUUGGGAAGUUUCGCUGUCGAUCGUCCUUUAAGUGUAUCCAGAAAUCAGCCAGGUGCAAUGGUGUCUUCAACUGCAAAGAAGGGGAGGAUGAGUACAGAUGUGUCAGGUUGAGUGGCAAGAAGGCAGUGCUGCAAGUGUUCACUUCUGGAUCCUGGAGAACAGUCUGCUCUGACGACUGGAGAGCAGAGUAUGGAAAUACUACCUGCAAACACCUGGGGUUCUCAAGUUACGUGAGUUCAGGUUACCUGCCCGUGGCAGCAGUCGAAAAGCAGUUUCAAAGACAUUUUGUAUCCCUCAGCCAAUGGUUUUCAGCUGAUCAAGUGACAUCCCUGCACAAUGCAACAAACCUCAGAGAAGAGUGCACUUCUGGCAAUGUGAUCAUCUUAAAAUGCUUGGCGUGCGGGACACGGGCCAGCUACGGGCCGCGGAUCGUGGGGGGCAACGCGUCGUCCCCCCGGCAGUGGCCCUGGCAGGUCAGCCUGCAGUUCCAGGGGCACCACCUCUGCGGGGGCUCCGUCAUCACCCCGCGCUGGAUCCUCACAGCCGCCCACUGCGUCUACGACCUGUACUUGCCGAGCUCAUGGAGCGUGCAGGUCGGUUUUGUGACUCAGCAAGACACCCAGGUUCACCCCUAUUCAGUGGAAAAAAUCAUAUACCAUCGAAAUUAUAAACCCAAGACAAUGGGAAAUGAUAUAGCCCUGAUGAAACUGGCAACACCACUUGCUCUCAAUGGUCACAUAGAACCAAUUUGUCUGCCUAAUUAUGGUGAACAUUUCCCAGCAGGGAAAAUGUGUUGGGUAUCAGGAUGGGGAGCAACUGUGGAAGGAGGUGAUACAUCUGACACCAUGAAUUAUGCAGGUGUUCCUCUGAUCUCUAAUGCAAUUUGCAAUCACAGGGAUGUCUACGGUGGGAUCAUAACUUCUUCAAUGCUCUGUGCUGGUUUCCUAAAGGGAGGGGUGGACACCUGCCAGGGAGACAGUGGGGGCCCUUUAGCAUGUGAAGAUAUGAGUAUCUGGAAGUUGGUGGGGACCACCAGUUUCGGAGUGGGCUGUGCAGAAAAGAACAAGCCGGGUGUCUACAGCCGAACCACUUCCUUCCUGGACUGGAUACAUGAACAGAUGGAGAGAGAAGAACUGCAGACCUGAGGAGAGUGACGACGUUCAGGGCUCCUGAAAACCCACACCAUGCUCCAGCCCCAUGGACGGACCCACCUCACUCCUCUGGUCACCUGCUCUGAGCUUCGGACCUUCACAGAAUGCUUUUUACCAUUUAUUUUUGGUACUGGCAACUGUACUUGAUGCAGGCUGUUGCACACUCAGCCUCUUCUGGAUGGAAGAAGCAGUAGGAUGAUGGAUGGCAAGCAUGUGUGUUUACUGUCAGCUACAAAUUUCACAUGUAGAAAAAAAGCUAAGGCUGAUAACCCAGGAUGCUGUCACGAUAAAGUUUUGCAGGCACCAUGAGCAAAGGACUAGAGCAACUUCAGAUCAGGUUGCAAGAUAUUAUUUUAGCACUUACCUUCCAAGAUCUGAACCACAAAAAGAAUUUUUCCUCCUGGCAGUUUUCAAAUAUAAGAUCCAUGCUCUGUUGCACAGGCAGCAGCAGCUUUCUUGGAAGCCAGGAAACAAGCAGGAAGCAGGCAGUUGGUAAUUUUGGCAAGUAUGUUCAACUCCUGUUAGAAAAAAAAUCUCAAAAUUCAAAUAUUUUAUCACGUGGCUGUGAACAAAGUCCCUAAAAAUUGAAUCUUAUGUGCUUUCCUGUGGUAAAGAGCUCUGAAAUGACCAACACACAAGUUGUAACUUUACUGAAAAAAUUCUGAACUUACUGAACAGUCUUAAAGGGAAGAGUAGCUUCUUUAUGGCCUUUUAAUAGGCUGGAGAGCCAAAAUCAUCCCUCUAACUAUGGUGCACCAUGUAGUGCAAUAGCCACUGAACAUUCCCAAGCUAAGCACCACAUAGUACCAUCACCAAGGCUCUCACACUCAGUCACCUUCCCUGCUUUCCCUCCCUUUCUCUGCUGAUGAGACAAUAUAGAUCCCUCAGUCUUUGUAUCUAUUAAUGACAUCAGUGUGUGGAUGGACUGAUGGCAGCCAGGCAAGGGACAAAACAUCUGAAGUGCUGCUGUGGUUUCCUGAUCUCAGUUUUAAUAUAACAGUCUCCUGUUAUUAGGCUGGGAAAUCUCUGGUUGUUCUGUGCUUGCCCUUUGUGAAAAUCCUGGGAUGAAAGUUGUUAAUUUUGGAAUUGAUCGCCGGGGCUGAGGUAGGAUGAAUAAUUGAUAAUAUUGUCAGAGCUUUUCAAUAUCAGCCAAAGGUGAUCUUAUCAUCUGAUCAUCAAGCUGAUGAUCUGCUUGAAAUGUGGUUUUGGAUGUACUCUGUAUGCUUCUAAAUCACCACUGCUGCAAGAAAACACCAGCAGAAUCAGAACUUCAUUCUCACAGCAACAUGUCGGGUCAGAAUUGAGAAAGAACAGCAAACCCACAUGAACUGUCAACCUCCACGUUGUUCCGUGGAUACAAACUCUGACAUCACAGGACACUGCAUCAAAAGUUUUCGCCCUGGCUAAAGAAACUGCAGUACAGUGGAAACAGCACUUCCCAAACCAGCAUGUUGUUAAAAAGAAGAGGGAAGCAUUACUGCAAAACUGACCCAGAAACUGGAAUUAAUUUCAACUUGACAGAACCAUGGCAGAAUUAAAACAAAACUCUGAGACAUUUUCAGACGAGUUUUAAUGUUCACUGCUUGUUAUCACGACAUUUUCACAUCCCAACAUGGCUCAUGUCUUAACACUAUCAGCAGUCUGGAGAUGAGGGCACUGCUCUCGGAGCUGACAGGGUUGUUAUUUCAUAGUUCUGAAAGGACCCCUGAAAAUUCCUUUCGAACUCCUCUAUUUCCAUAAAAAUACUGUAUGAUAAGUAUCCAUUGUGGUCUGCUUUUUUUAUUAAAGAGAAAUCCAAUGUAAAAUGUAGAAAGCUACUGAACUCUUCCCAAUAAGAAGUUGCAUUGACCCUGAGACCAGUGACAGUCAGUUAUGGGUAGAGACAGCCCAGUGAGCCUGUGAAUCUUCCCUCUGAUUUCUGUUAGGUCCCUUGCUGUGAUGUCUUACUUAUGCAUAGGCAUGAUUUAAUAUCAUAGAAUGGUUUAGGUUGGAAGGGACCUUAAAUAUCAUCUAGCUCCAACCCCCUUAUCAUAUAAAAGAGUUACUCUGCAAAGCUGGAUUUUCCUCCCUACUUUAUGUCAUUAACAUGCAUGCCAAAGGUUUUGAAAUAAAUAUAAUCACAAUAUUA